ACGAGGAUCUCAUAUGGGGUAGGAAUAGGAUUAAUGAAUUUUGGUUAGAAAGAGUGGAAGAAGGUAAGUUGAAUUUGGAGACAUGAAAGAGUGUUUGUGACCACUGCGAGUUUAGGUCAGAAAGAAGCAUUUAGAAAAGAUGGCAACGGUUUUGAAACUGUUAUCAUCAGUAUCACUAGCAAUAGCAUCGAAACCUAAAAAACUGAUUCAUCACACCAAUUCUUUUUCAAAUCUUAGAACCGUUAGCAGCAACGCCAUGAGAAUGCCAAAGAAGACAGAAGCAGCGCUUGCGAAGGAAAAGAGAAGAACGCGUUCGGAUAGAGAACUCGAUAAGGAUACAAUAAUUGAACUUUACAAUAACAAUUCUCAUCUUCAUAUUCCUGUCAUGCUUCCUCAAGUUUUGGAUGUCUUCUCAAAUUUCGAGUUAACCUCUUUCGUCGAUUGUACCCUUGGUGCUGCUGGCCACUCCACCAAUGUGAUUAGAGGUCAUCCUGAAUUGAAGUAUUUUGUUGGGAUGGAUGUGGACCCUGUUGCACAUGACUCGGCUCAAUCCCGCAUCAGUUCCGUUUUGGACGAUAAUGCGUCUAAUUUGAAAGUGUUUACUGUGUUAAGAAAUUUUAGAUACAUCAAAUCUGUGCUUAGAGAAACAGGCGAGAAACACUUAGGGACUGAGUCUGUUGAUGGCAUCUUGAUGGACUUGGGAAUGUCAUCUAUGCAGGUGGACGAUCCUCAAAGAGGAUUCAGUGUGCUUGGUGAUGGACCCCUUGAUAUGCGUAUGGAUCCUCAGGCAAGCCUUAAAGCAGAAGACAUAUUAAAUUCUUGGCCAGAUGAUGACGUGGGCCGUAUCCUAAGGGAUUAUGGGGAAGAAAGUAAUUGGCGUACUCUUCAAAAGAAAAUUAUACAAGCCCGUUUACAAGGUGGAUUACAUUCCACUAGCGACUUGCUGGAUCUUAUUCGGCGUGUGACUCCUGCAAUGAAAGGUGGAAGGCAAGGUUGGAUAAAGACAGCAACCCGGGUAUUUCAAGCAUUGAGAAUCGCGGUCAAUGAUGAACUGAAGACUCUCGAGGAUUCUCUCUAUUCAUGUUAUGACUGCCUUGCACCUGGGGGCAGGCUUGCUGUCAUAUCCUUUCACAGUUUGGAAGACAGAAUUGUGAAGCAAACUUUUCUUAAUAUAAUUAAAGGGAAUGAAGACAUGGAAGAUAGUGAUAUGAGGAAAAUGAUUGAUGAAAUCAAAGAAAAAGAAGCAUGGAUAAGACAAGUAUUACAUGGAUCAAAUGGAAUAAUUCUCACAAAAAGACCAAUCACGCCGUCAGAAGAAGAAGAGACAUUGAACCGCAGAAGUAGAAGUGCAAAGCUCAGGGUUAUUCAGAAGAUUUGAAGAUAAAACUUGAGAUUGUUGUUUGGUGUACUGUAAAGCUCUUAGAAAUAUUCAUAAACCAGUCUGUAUUUUUGUUUUUCUACAUAUGCAUCUUUAGAUAUUCAUAUUAUAUUAUUCACCACUUUUUGUUACUAGAAAAAAGGUUCAAUACUUUUGAAUGACUA